UACAAAGAACACCCGACAAACCCCAACGUGCCACUAGCUGUUUCCAUCGCAACUGUCAACAGUUUUGGUUGUUUGAUAUGUAUAGGAUUCCUGGCCUUUAAUAUCAUAUUUCGACAUAAAUGGUCAAUACGCAUGUCUUCACCCCAUGUGAACAGUGUCAUCCUGAUUGGCUGCCUGUGCAUGUAUGUGGUAGUUUACGUGAGUACAGUGGAAUACCUGCAACGGUACGAGGACGGGACGAAAGGGUCUGUAUGUAUGGCUAAGACAUGGCUUAUUGCUAUUGGAUAUACAUUGAUGUUUGGUGGAAUGUUUGCGAAGACAUACAGAGUGUAUAUCAUAUUUAAGAACACCACGGUGAAGAGAAAGCCUAUCAAAGACCAUCACCUUUUCAUCGUGGUCGGAAUCCUUCUAAUCAUCGACUUCAUUAUCCUUAUUCCCUGGACAACAGUAUUCCCAUUCAGCAGCGAAAAACAGAUUAAAAUGAUGGAUACACUGGAUAAUAACCUGAUUGAUGCCGAGGUUAUAGUGUAUUGCCACAACACCAAGCAGGUGUACUGGUUCAUAACGAUGUACGUAUACAAAGGAUUGCUCCUCGCCUUUGGUACGUUUCUUGCCUGGGAAACGCGCAACGUGACAGUAGAAGAGCUGAACGACUCGAGGAACAUUGGCGCGUGCAUCUACAGCGUCGUUGUCGUCUGCCUGAUCGGUGUACCCCUUCAGCAUAUCCUGCCUACAGACCAGAUAAACCCGGCCUACGUCUUGGAGACCUGUAUUUUGUUGUUCAGCACUACGACUUGCGCUUGUGUUAUUUUCCUACCGAAGAUUCAUAAUCGCAACAAGGUGCGAGAAAGAAUGUUGACGAAACCAGCGACGGCACUUAGCACUAAAAACUGUGCAUGUUCCGGGCAUCCGUCAAAUCUGAAUGUAGUAUUACCGGGAACCAGCAUGGAUUCAUCACACAUGUAGAAAGCGGCAAAACGUUUCAACAAAUUCAAAUCGAGAUUCAAUUUUCAACUAACAUUCGAUGGAUCUUCAGUAUCAAGACAGAUAAUUGAUGAUUCGUCGUUUAUCUCAUUCCAAAUGAUGGUCUAUUUCUCCUGUUAAGAAAUCCACUAUAAACUAUAUAUUCCAAGUAUUUUUGGCAAUAAAUUAAUCAAAUUGACAUGUGAAUGCCUUUGGAUUGACAUAUCAAUUUUUUUUAAGUUACCAAAACAAU